GCACUUGAACUCCAGAGGCUGGACCACUCCCUGGCCCGAAGCUCCCGGUCCCAAAGUUCUGGGUCUCAGUCCCCGCGCGGAGCCCACCGCUGGAGCGAUGACGACCGUCUGGCUGGUGCCCGUCGGGCAGAAGCUUCUGCUCUGGGGCGCGCUCAGCGCCCUCACCCUGGCAGGAGCCACCUUCAUCCUGAGCUUCCUGCAGAUCUUGGCGAGCUAUGUGCAUAAUUGGCUGCAAAUGAGACCCAUCCCCACCGUUUCGGGUGCCUACCCCUUUGUGGGACACUCCCUGGUCCGGAAGCGAGGAGGGAAAGAGUUUUUCCAGGCACUGAUUAAUUGCACUGAAGAAAACAGAGAUGUGCCAAUGCUAAAACUCUGGUUUGGCACAGUACCAGCAAUAGUCAUGUAUAAGGCCGAAACUAUAGAGGUAAUUUUAACUAGCUCAAAGCAAAUUGACAAGUCUUAUCUGUACACCUUUCUAAAACCAUGGCUUGGCCUAGGACUUCUUACAAGUACUGGAAACAAAUGGCGCUCCAGGAGAAAAAUGUUAACACCGUCUUUCCAUUUUACCAUUCUGGAAGAGUUCUUAGAUGUCAUGAAUGAACAAGCCAACAUAUUGGUUAAUAAGCUUGAAAAACAUGUUGACGGAGAAAAAUUUAACUGCUUUUUUUACAUCACACUUUGUGCCUUAGAUAUCAUCUGUGAAACAGCUAUGGGCAAGAAUAUUGAUGCUCAGAAUAAUGAUGAUUCUGAGUAUGUCCGUGCAGUUUAUAGGAUGAGUGAUUUGCUACAUCGAAGAAUGAGGACCUUUUGGCUCUGGCAAGACUUUUUGUACCUUUUGUUUAAAGAUGGAUGGGAGCACAAAAGGAAUCUAAAGAUCUUACAUGAUUUUACCAACAAUGUCAUCCAUGAACGGGCCAAUGAACUAAAGAGAGAAGAAGAACGUACAAGUGAUGACAAGGGCAAGACCCCUUCCAACAGAAAACGCAAGGCUUUUCUCGAUCUGCUCUUAAAUGUGGUGGAUGAUGAAGGGAACAAGCUAGACCAUGAGGCCAUUCGAGAAGAAGUGGACACUUUCAUGUUUGAGGGCCAUGACACAACUGCAGCUGGAAUAAACUGGGUGGUGUAUCUUUUGGGUUGUUAUCCAGAAGUCCAGAAAAAAGUGCACAAUGAACUGGACGAAGUGUUUGGGAGUUCUGAUCGCCCUGCUACCUUAGAAGACCUGAAGAAACUUAAAUACCUGGAGUGUGUUAUUAAGGAGACCCUUCGUAUUUUUCCUUCUGUGCCUUUCAUAGGCCGUGAACUUAAUGAAGAUUGUGAUGUUGGGGGAUACAAAAUCAUGAAAGGCUCUCAAAUACUCAUCAUUACCUACGCACUGCAUAGAGACACAAAGUACUUCCCAAACCCUGAGGAGUUCAAGCCAGAGCGGUUCUCUCCUGAGAAUUCCACGGGACGCCAUCCAUACGCAUAUGUGCCCUUCUCUGCUGGACCCAGAAACUGUAUAGGUCAGAGGUUUGCCAUGAUGGAAGAAAAGGUCCUUGUUUCAUGCAUCCUGAGGCAUUUUUGGGUCGAAUCCACCCAGAAAAGAGAAGAACUUGGUCUGGCAGGAGAGCUGAUUCUUCGUCCUUCUAAUGGCAUCUGGAUCAAGUUGAAGAGGAGAAAUGCAGAAGCAUCCUAACUGUGCUAUUAGGCUGUGCCUUAGUAGGAAUAAGGUCUUUCUUUAAGAGAAACUUUGUAUUUACAAUGUGCAGAUCAUGAAUUUAAUAGUCUUAAUCACUACACCUAAUUUUUUCUUAUCCCCAUUUACCUUGGGGUCAAGUCUACCAAAGAGAGAGUUUUUAUAGUUUCAUCACCACCAUUAUCUUACCCUUGGUCUUAAUCACAAAAGGCAAGUUAACUGAUGUCCAUUAAAUAAACAUACAUUUCUCAACAGAGGGAUCCAUAGGCCAAUUCAUUUUUAAUCAACAGACCCAAAUUUGAGGUUCCCAAAAUUUUUAAGGUAUUCUUAUUGAACACAAAUAUACAUAUAUACAUGUAUAAUUGAAAAGUAUAUAUACAUAAAUACUUAAGCUUGAGCUUAGGUUUUAAAAAUUAUAUCAGUUUCAUCAGUUUUGAGAAUCAUUAUGAUGAUGAUACUUUUCAGAUUUUAUCAAGAAGAGCAGAUCCUUUAUAACUGACUCAAAUGUUCUGUUCCUAUUUCCCUUUUAACCGUGUACUUAUGGCCUUCAUUUCAUUUCAUUCUACAUAACUUCACAAUUACCUUUACACAUCAGAUAUUACCGGGAGAGUUUCCUCUUGAUCUCCAGUCCCUCAUAAUGGCUUUUGGAGCUGGAAGCACCUUAAACCUUAUUAGAUUAUACUCCUUUUCAUUUGAAGGGGAUAAGAUCAAUCAGGAGUAAGUUUCUAUCCAAAGUCAUACCACCAGUGGGUGUCAGGGCUGGAAAUAGAUAGAAGUCUAAACACUAAAGCUCUACUACAAUAUGCUAAUGCUUUAUGAAACUCAGACCUGUAACUGUGUGUAUCAUUAGAAUACAGAUCUAGAAUUCUCCCAUCAUUAAGGAGAAGAGAUGCCACACAUGUAUAGUAAUCCAGCACUUGGUUUAGGGUGAAACUUCUGGGAAAUUCAAUUCUCCAGAACAUACCUAUCAAACUGGUAACUGACACAAUUCCCUAAAUUUUAAUUCCAUCUUUACUCCCUCAGUGACU